GCGGUCUCUCGUCUCUAAAGAGCUAUUCUAAUACACAUCGCGUCAUGAAAGAACAGUGACAGUUAAAAACUUGCCAAAGGAGCACGUGCCCGCAUACGCGACGGAAAUCCGUGUUAAAUGAUAGAAUAAUUGAGUGCAAUAGCUGAUCAAGACAUCUAAUGAUCCAAACGAUGUUAAUCAGAGCCUAUGAAUCAUCACCAGCGAAUCCAAAAGGGGAAUAAAUACGAAUAACACCGUUUAAUAUCGCCUAAUAUGCUCUCACCCCAGAACCUUGUUUCCCUCGAUGGCAAACGACACGCUGAACGAUGUGUGGCCUCAUAAACGAGGUAAACUCAGAGAACGCAGCCCAUGAACAGUGUUUACACACAUCGCUAAACAGGACUUAAUGUUUCGUUGAAGAGCCUUGCCAAUUUUGAUAAUGGUAACGUAUGGAAUGGACUAGGCGACCGACGGUAACUGUAGUGCAAACAGAAUUUAAUCUAAAAGUGCAAGAAUUUGUGUAAAUAUCAAACUAUGAGUGAAGUUCUUUUCAGUCGUUUCACUUUAUUAAGGCAAGUGUGGAUUCUGAUAGUGGUUUCCAGUCCAAUUAUGUCAGGAUACAAUGGAGAUCUGCUGGAUCACAAGCAAAAUAUUAAUUUGGACCUCAAUUCAGGACCCACGUUUGACGAUAUCAUGACGAGAGAAGUUCAUGCAACUGAAGGUCAAACAUUGCUGUUGCCCUGUACUGUUAAGAGGCUCAACAAUAAAGUGGUGUCCUGGAUGAGGAGCAAAGACUUGCACAUCCUGACGUCGGGACGCCACACAUUUUCCAGCGAUCGUCGCUUCGAAUCGGUGCACACCGACAGCUCUGGGGAUUUUUGGGGAUUACGGAUACGCGGCGUUCACUUGUCAGACACGGGCCAAUACGAGUGCCAGGUUAACACCGAGCCCAAGAUGAGCCUAGCGAUCGGCCUCCGAGUCACGGGUGACCACAAAUCGGACCUUUCUAAUUCGAAAUGGGUCAGUCAAGCUCUUAUAAAGGGCCCGAGCAGAGUUUACGUCCAGAAUGGGUCCCUCGUGACCUUCACGUGUGAAAUAUCGCCUCUAUCGCAGCAAUCUGGAGUUCACGGACUUUUCUUCGCCACAAAACCCAGCGUUCGGUGGCUACAUGAUGGAAAAGAAGUUUCUUUUGAGUUCACAAAGGAAAACUUUACAGUAGAAACCGAAUACCAGGAAAGGGAUCAAAGGAUAUUCAGCAGGAUUCGUCUGCCGGCCGUUUCAUGGAAAGAAAGCGGACAAUACACGUGUAUGCAACCCUCGGUGAAGCCUGACAAUGUGAUGCUAAUAGUAGUAGAAGGUGAACAUUCCGAAGCUAUGCAACGAGACUUUCCAGCAACAUCAACUGGUAGUAUAUCCACAUAUAUUCCAUACAUGGUUAUUAUAUUUUCUGUGCUAAUAUAAAAGUUUCCCAAAAC